GCAGAGAGAGAGAGUUCUCCUCACAGUGCACACAGGCUUGUACACGGAGGAACACCAGAUCUACCGGAGAGGGACAGAUCCGAUCCACGGACCGGCUCUGACAUCACCCCUCCAUUCCGGGCAGGGUGCACCAUCCUGGGGCUGAACUGUACGUGGAGUCAGCCUCUUCCUCUGGAGCUCUGCAGCCGAGUCUCCUCUCUACUUCACCACCUGCUUCCCUCGAUCUGUCCUCUCUGCAUGCGUGUUUGUGUGCGCACGAGGACAGUUUGUUGCAUAGAUCACACAGGGUUGGACGCGAUGCCACAUCUUCCUGCAGAGCUUUUUCCCUCUUUGUGGAUGGAUUUGUGAAUGGUUUUCAAACACUGGAUUAGGAUAUGGAGUGAAUUCUGCUUCAGAGCAAGAGUGGAAGUAACAGCCUGCAGAACUACAGAAACAGACUGGAUCUUCUCCUGAGCUUCCCGCUGGAGUCGUUGAUUGAGGAUCCUUUCAGUCACGCUUUUUCGUUCUGGGAUUUACAUCUGCCAAAUCUGAUUAAAGGAUGCUGCAGGGACCCAACGAGGGACUGAGCCCUACCUGAGCCCCCCCUCCCCCCUUCCUUCCCCCCUGACCCCCUCCCCAACCCUCAGAGCCCUCGUCUCCAUCCCACCAUGAACCUGCUGUGUCGUGGGCGUCUGAAGCUGCUGGUGGCGUCUCUCACGGCCGUCGUCCUGCUCACCUGGCUCUACCUGCUGGCUGGAAACCUGGAGAAUGGUCGCUCCCUCCUCCUCGCUCCCUGCCUCGCCGACACCCCAGCAGCCCAGGUCCUGGAGCGAGCCGUCCUGGAGUCUCGGGUACGAGAAGUGGAGGAAGAGAACCGGCAGAUCAGGUUGCAGCUCAGCCAAUCACAAGGCACAGCUGCUCAGCCGCAAGACGGUAACUAUGGCAACCAGCAGUGGGGAGCCUCAGCAGACACGGGGCCUGAUGACGGGGACAACACCGCAGAGGAGAAGAACAACCAUACCGAGUGUCCUCGAUCGCCCACCGUCCAGAAGUGUGAGCUGAUCCAUGUAGCGUGUGUUUGUGCCGGUCACAACGCCAGCAGAGACGUGGUCACGCUGGUCAAGUCCGUCCUCUUUCACAGGAGAAAUCCUCUUCACUUCCAUUUCAUCACCGACACAGUAGCCAAUCGUAUCCUGAGUUCUCUGUUUCAGUCCUGGAUGGUUCCAUCGGUGCAAGUCAGCUUCUACGAUGCAGAUGAACUCAAGUCUGAGGUGUCAUGGAUUCCCAACAAGCAUUACUCAGGUAUUUAUGGCUUGAUGAAGCUGACGCUGACCAAAGCUUUGCCCUCUGACCUGUCCAAAGUCAUCGUUCUGGACACCGACAUCACCUUCGCCACAGAUAUCGCCGAGCUCUGGGGCAUUUUUAGGAAGUUUACCGAUAAACAGGUGAUUGGUCUGGUGGAGAACCAGAGCGACUGGUACCUGGGGAACCUGUGGAAGAACCACAAACCUUGGCCUGCGCUGGGGCGAGGCUUCAACACAGGUGUAAUCCUUCUCUACCUGGAACGACUCAGACGGAUCAGUUGGGAGCAGAUGUGGAGGUUGACAGCUGAGAGGGAGCUAAUGAGCAUGCUCAGUACAUCACUAGCUGAUCAGGACAUCUUCAACGCCUUCAUCAAGCAGAACCCUGUCCUGGUGCACCAGCUGCCCUGCUUCUGGAACGUUCAGCUGUCUGAUCACACCCGCUCCGAGCAGUGCUACACCGAGGUGUCCGACCUCAAGGUGAUCCACUGGAACUCUCCAAAGAAGCUCCGGGUGAAGAACAAACACGUGGAGUUCUUCAGAAACCUCUACCUGACCUUCUUAGAGUACGACGGAAACCUGCUGAGACGAGAACUCUUUGGCUGCCCAAGUCAGGCCAGUCCAGACAGCGUGCAGCUGCAGAAAGCUCUGGAGGAGUUGGAUGAGGACGAUCAGUGCUACGACUUUCGCAGGGAGCGACUCACGGUUCACAGAGUUCACCUCUACUUCCUGCAGUAUGAGUACACGCCCACUGAAGAUGACACCGACAUCACACUGGUGGCUCAGCUCUCUAUGGACAGGCUGCAGAUGCUGGAGGCCAUCUGUAAGCACUGGGAGGGCCCUAUCAGCCUGGCGCUCUACAUGUCUGAUGCUGAGGCUCAGCAGUUCCUUCGAUACGCUCAGGCCUCCGAGGUCCUCAAGAACCGCAAGAAUGUUGGCUACCAUAUUGUGUACAAGGAGGGUCAGUUCUACCCCGUCAACCUGGUGAGGAACGUAGCCCUGAAGAACGCCAACACACCCUACGUGUUCCUGACUGAUGUGGACUUCCUCCCAAUGUAUGGUCUCUACGAAUACCUCAGAAGGUCUGUGGUGCAGCUGGACAUGGCUCACACUAAAAAGGCUCUAGUGGUUCCAGCCUUUGAGACACUCCGUUAUCGUCUGUCCUUCCCCAAAUCCAAAGCCGAGCUGCUCUCUAUGCUGGACAUGGGGACUCUCUACACCUUCAGGUACCAUGUGUGGCCCAAAGGUCACGCUCCGACCAACUAUGCCAAAUGGCGAACAGCCACCACGCCGUAUAAGGUGGAGUGGGAGCUGGAUUUUGAGCCGUAUGUCGUCGUGAGACGAGACUGUCCAGAGUAUGACCAGCGCUUUGUUGGCUUUGGCUGGAACAAGGUGUCCCACAUCAUGGAGCUAGAUGCACAGGAGUACGACCUGAUGGUUCUCCCCAACGCUUUUAUGAUCCACAUGCCUCACGCUCCCAGCUUCGACAUCUCUAAAUUUCGCUCCAGCUCCAGCUACCGCAACUGUCUCAACACCCUGAAGGACGAGUUCCACCAGGACCUGUCCAGGAAGUAUGGCGCAGCUGCUCUCAAGUACCUCACCGCCCAGAGGAACAUUUAACCUCCAGAUUGGCUGAACCGAGAACCAAGGCGGUCAGGCUUGAGUUUCUGACCGACAAGGCCCGAGAGCUUGGACACGUACUGAAGCAGCAGUGCGCUGCAGGCCGCGGGCAGCUAAUGCCACACAGCACAAACAAUGAAAGUAAAGCUUUACAGCCCCUGUGGAACAUUUUCGGGCUCCUGUGCAUUAAUUCUCCAGUCGACUCCAGCUCAAGGCGACAGAUGACGAGGUGCAGAGACCAAAAACCAGACAGAGUGACGGUGGUUUAUCUAAGGACUCGGUGGGCUAAAGGAGGCGAUCAGUGAGUUCAGAUCGGACUAGCUUUAAAGCCAGGAAGAAAAAAGACGUUCUUACUACUUGUUCUGACAAUCAGGGCUUUUCCCAGCAGACACGGUACGAAUCAGUCCGUCCAUGUUGGAGUCUGAACACGAUGGGACAUGUGUCCUUCUGGGGAGAGAGAAGUUUGUGAGGCCAGUCGAACUGGAGAAAGAUUUAAGCCUUAUCACUUUCCAUGAUAUUUACAGAGAUAUUCAAAGAUAUUUUAGUUUCUCUUUUCCAGUGUAAAUCAGAACCAAUGAAUAACGAACAUUUACAAAGUUUUGAUUACGACUUUGCGUAAGGAUCAGUUUAUUUUUCCUUUCUAUAUUUUCUGACCUCUUUUAAGAAUAAUCCAUCACGUCCCGCUCGAGUAAUUUCGGAUUUUCUGUGAGCUUCAGGGAUGUGCUCUGUGUGUGUGUUUGUGUGUGCGAGUGUAUGAUCCAGCUGCAUCACAUGGCUCGUCUUCAACACGCUUACUGAUUGUCGUCAACAUCGUUCUGUCUUCAUCAUGUAAUUGCUUGCAUGUAAAGGGUUGCACUAUGAGGUUUUGUUUUUUUUUUUACAAGUGGGAUCAUUUUAAUUUUCCUCCCAUUGCUCAUCAUUAAUCCCUCUGAAAGAAGCAAAAAUCCUCUCAUGAUUUCAGACAUGAAGGGACCAACUCACAGACCAACUCUGACACCUGGAGUUGGACUCUCUGACCUGUGAAGUGAAGCUGAAGCUUUACAUGGAUGAAUGAGAAACUCAUACUUUAUUUUGUUUGUGCCAUUUCAUCAAACUAUGUCUAGAUCACUGGAUGAAUAUGUGCUGUCUACUGAACCCCCAUAUCCCUGUUUGUAAAGUCCAACUGAAAUAAUAAUAUUCUCAUCAUUUUAAAGAUUAUUAUUGGUGCUUUAUUGUUUUAGGUGUAAGAACAUUAUCAGCCUAAAUUUACAGAAAUGGUCUUAAAGCAUCCAAACUGGAAAAUUUUUGAUGUUUUUUUGUUGGACUCUGACUGUCCCAGGUUAGCGUUACAGCCUAUCAUUUCGCAGCUGCAAAUGCCAUGUACACAUACACAAUACUAGCAUUGCAGAAUGUGCAGUGUCAGCCCUGUGACUAAAAGCAUGUCUACCAGUUGUGUUGUUGGAAUGAAACCAAAGCUGCCAGUUUUCUCAUUUCCUGGACAAAUCAAAGUCCAUCUAAUACCAUCAAUAGUCAGAGAACUGAUCACCGGAUGUCCAUAGCUUUCAAUAACAGGAAACCUCCCCAGUACCAGUAUUUUAAAUUCCCUGUGUUUAAUAGGUUCUUUGCAGAUGUCAAGCAGCAGUGGAGAACUCAAGAAGUAAUUUCUUCAUUGACAAACUCUACCAAAAAAGCCAUGUGUUGAGCUGUUUACAGCUAUGCCAAGUGAUGAAAGUGGGUAAAUAACUGCAUUCUUAGUUCCUAGGCAACUUUUGUGUCUCCAAUGUAGUGAAAUAUUCAAGUAGAAAUAAAAAGUUUUUUAAAAAACUCACAGAGAAAUAUCAGCAGUCAGGAAUCUAAAAAGCCUCCAUCUGAAGCUUGGAUAAGUGGUGUCACACAACGCUCAUGUAUGGUCCGCUUCCACAAACCCGUCUGGUUUGAUUCUGUGCAGUUUUGCCGUGAUUUUGGCACAUUGUGAUGGGAUCUCUUAAGAGAUGGAGAUCAUGUGGCUCAGCUUAGUAGAGCUGGUUGUUGGCUCUCAAACAGCUUUUCAUUUGGUCAUAGUUUGGCAUUUUAAAUGUGGAUUAGAUAACAUCAAAGGAUGGUGGAAAGGAAACUAGCACUCAAAUGGGAGCUACCUACAUUGGCUUGCAUUUAAGAGCCUUUCUGUAGCACAAGCUUACUCCUGAAUAGCACAUCAUUACUCGAUCACUGACCCCCCAAGGUUAUGUUAUGGUUAUGUUAAAUUGGCACAGCUAGCCUCUGAGCUCAGUACAAGACUUCUCUAGACUCUUGUCUCCCUUCAUCUUAUGAGACCAGUGGUUCCCAAAG